AUGAGUUUCCCAACCAAUGAAUGCUUAAACGUUGUUGAUGAAAUCCUUAAAUACAGCAUUUCAGCAAUGUUUGCAAAUCCAGUUGAUCCAGUUCGCGAUAAUUGUCCAAAUUAUUUGGAAUUAAUCAAAGAACCAAUGGAUCUUGGGACAGUCAAAAAGCGUCUUCAGUCUAAUUAUUAUAAAACCGUCAAUGAUUGGAAACAUGAUAUGGAACUUAUCUGGACAAAUUCCUAUACUUUUAAUAAAGUUAACACAGUGCUUGGUUUAAUAACAAAAGAAUUACAGGACAAAUAUACACAGCUCUCUGAGUACAUAAAUGACGAUGUAGAUAUGACUUGGAGAACAAAAUUAUAUUGUUUAAAUCGAGAUCUUAAUGAAAUACUAAAAGAAGCCCCGAAAAUACACGGAUAUAAGAAAAAGAAAGGAUAUAAACGCGAUGAUUUAUGGAAUAAUAGUACAAAUGAUUCCACCGAAGUUUCGAAUAGUAAUUAUCCAAUGACACACGAUGAAAUUAUUAGCUUAGCUGAUGACAUAAAGAAAAUACAGACAAAUUCGCAAAAAAUGAUUAUUAUGAAUAUGCUUAAAAAAUUAGAGCCUGCAAUGAUAUUAGAUCCAGAUCAUAUUGAUAUUGAUCUUUGUUGCCUCCAAACAUCUACUUUACACGCGUUGAGAUCAAAAUUAGAUGAUUUUAUUGAGAAUUAA